AUGCCUUUCACCGCUUCCGACAUCUGCAAGAUCAUCUUCGCCAUCAUCCUCCCUCCAGUGGGUGUCUUCCUGGAGCGCGGAUGUGGUGCCGACUUGCUCAUCAACAUCUGCUUGACCAUUCUGGGUUACAUUCCCGGUAUCAUCCACGCUUUCUUCUACGACGCCGACGUCUGUAUCUGCUGGGAGUACUGGGUUAUCAACUACGCCGACUACGGUGGCUAUAAGCAGCACGUCCGACAGGAGUACUUUGAUAACGACGGCAAUGAUCACGGCAACAGCGACGGCAGCCACCACCCUGCCAAUAACGACAUUGACGACAGAUCCUGCUCGCCCGCUGUAAUUGGCGUAUCGAUUGCAUCCGGUAUAUCAGCUAUAUUCCUCGUGGCCGUCGCAAUCCUCUUCUGUGGCAGACGACUACGACGUAAGAAACUGCAAAAAGAAGCUGCUCCACAAAGCUUUGAGAUUGGAGGCGAAAUGAGUGAACCACCGAAUUUCGGUGCUGCUGCAACUGUUGGACCGCAGCCGUUGUCACCGACGCCGCUAUCACAAUACCCGCAAACAAUGAUGGAAAAUGAAUACAGUGGUGCUCAUUUCCAGCAGUUUCCAUCGCAGCCGUUGGCUCGACAGCAGCAGGGUCUUUUAGUUGUUACAAACUCAAACGCGCACGAUCAAGCAGCCAUGUCUCCCGAGACGGACUACGAGGGUUCUCCGCAAAGCCAAACGUCUCAACGCACGUUAUCUCGUCUUUUGCCUGAACGUACGGCCGUACAAGGAAUUGGAAUAGUCCCUGAGCCGUUGAGAGUCAUUCGCCAGGCCCCUACAGCUAAUACCAUCAGGGUCGUGGGCGGCCCUCCUCCCCGGCCAGCCAGUGAAGCAACUGUUUUUGAUGAAGACGAACAACAAUCGAACAGCAUCAAUCAAUCCAACACUGUCAACGACAUAUUUGGACCGCCACUCAACAAAACACGACGUAUAUCGCAACGCAAUAUGGCAAGAAGUGGAAGCCCCAUGCGGGUCAUGGGACUUCCGGCCGGUCCUCGAGCGAUGCUUUCUCCGUUACGGACAAAACAGGAACAGAAUCCAUAUGAUGGCAAUAAUUCGGGACACUAUUCGUACAAAUGGGAUAAGGAGGCCGCGCCGAUACCUGGUCAGUCUCGCCCAGGGACGCAGUACAACAACUGGAACAACACACCAUUACAAAGGAACUUCUCUCGCUUAGGUAGCGCACCGCGAUCUUUGACGACCCCUACAAAAACAAACACCCUCACACCCUGGUCUCAAAAUACGAAUGGCUUCGAAGUUGCACCCGUCGACUCAAGCUACGAAACCAUCAUGGCGGAAGACGACUGGACAAUGACGGAACGCAGCAAACUUUCAGUUCCAUCUCAUGUACCACGACAAUCACAGCAACCCCAGCAACGAUUGUCACCGGUAUCCGAACGAGUUCCCCUCCCCACAAAAUCMCCUCUACGAUACCCCGCCAUUCCUCGCUCGGCAGCAGCAGCAAUCGUCCCCGCCAAUGCAGAAGAUAUGCGCAAAUCGCAUGUCGCGGAGGUAUACUACGACGGGCCCCAAAGCUUCCCAAGCAUGCCACCGCCUCCUAAUAACAGCAACAAUAACUACUCAAACCCGAUGACUAUGGUCCACGAACUAGGCCCCGGCCAACGCUCGCGCUCCGCCAGCCCAAGUCCCAGCGUGAAUAGCAGCCUCCUCGCGAAGCGACGCGGCGAGAGCGUUGCGGAUAAAAUGGAGACUCAGUUCCGGAGCGGUGUCCAGCCAAAGCCGGGAGUCAGUAGCAGGAAAGUAGCCGUUGGCCGGAACGGGCAGUCUACAACAACGACGAGAGAAGAAGUCCAGUCUCCCCCGUCAGCGAAGAAACAUAACAUCACCCCUACGAGGCGAGGCGAGGAUCUUUAUUUGAGAGUUGAUUGA